AUCUUCAUUGGGAGUACCUGGGUUUACAAACCUGAAGAUCGGAGGUAUUUACAAUUUAAAUUCAUAGAUUUUAGAUGAAUAUGUAAAUUGGUUAAAUGAGAGAUUGGGAAUUCUCAUACAUUUAUUAAUAGUUCUGAAUUUGCAUAUAUGUAUAUAACAUUGACAUUUUACUUGUAUACACUGGCAUUUAUGAACUAUUUUUACCUGUAACUAAAAAUUUCUUAUUUGAUUCUUAAAGCAAACCUGAAUGUUUUGUUAUCUUAACUAAUAUAAAUAGAUACUGAAGCUCAAUAACUUUGGGAAGAGAAUCCAGGGUCACAGAAUUCAUCAAUUUCAUGACAAGCAAAAGAACUCAGUUAAUCUAAUUCUAAAUUUUGUUUUACUACAUGUCUACCACAUCAUUUCAGAAGCUAAAUUCCUAUAUAAAGUCAUAGACUCAUUCGAGAUAUUUUCUGAUUAUUUCCAUGUGUACCAAACCAUAGCAAAACGAUGCAAUCUGUACCAGUAAAAAUUCAGCAAGUAUAGGUCCUUCUCAGGGCGUCCUCCGUGGUGAGGAGCAGACACUGCCUCUGACCUGAUGCUGUAUUUAAAGUCCUGGUUCGCAGUGGGAAGGGCGUGCUCUCUGACAAGCGAGACCUUCUAUGUGCUCAUAGGAAGGAGUGGCCAGAUAGCUGCAAAAUUGAAGUCUUUAGAAUUUUCCUUUGCGUUGCUAGGACUAUGGAGCUUGCUAUGGAAAAAGCCAGGGACAGCAGAAGAUUUAAAAAUACACACCUAUAUACACACAUUUAGGAGAUGGUGUGAACAGAGAACAGAAAAACUUUUUGGCUUUGUAAAGCAACACAUCAUUUUCCCUCUGUCCUCAGAGUUUCAGGACAUGGUAAAAGUUAAACCCCAAAUGUGGAAAGUGUGGAAGCAGUUGAAAUACUACUGAUAUUUAGACUAUUUCAUAAAGUGGACAGCAUUUUUUCUUCACAUACAUAUUUUAAUGGGCUCCAUUAAUGAAAAAUGGAAAAGGCAAAAGAAAAAUGAGGUAAAUUGUUGACAACAAUGAUGACAUUGUAUCAGGGAAACUUAUAAAACCCGGCACCAAAUAUUUUGAAAUGGACAAAAAAAAUUUUUCAAAAGGGAUAUACAUGAAAAACAUAGUUUGCAUUCUUAAAAAACUGUUUGCAUUCUUAAAAAAUAAUCCUGAUUAUAAUAAUUUAUGUGAUUUACUCUCAACUAUGACUACUUUUCACAAGUCACAUUAACGAUUAUAUAUAGUUAAAGAUUUAGGAGAUUCACAUGUUGGCACACUUUAUUUGAUAACUACAGUGAAUGUCUAGCUGUUGCUGCAGGCUGUGGAUGAGAACGAGAAUGAAUUGAGACUGUCCGACCCAAACACUUCUCCCUCUCACAGAUCCAAGUCUGCCAUUAGUGAAAGGGUGUAUAGCUCCUUACUUCUUAGGUUUAUCGUAAAGAUCAAUGAGUCAAUAGAUGCAAUCGCUUGCUAGCAUGACACAGAGCACAAAGUGAACUUUUCACAAUGUCAUCACUGUUAUUCUCAAUAGUAAUUUUUUUCUGUACAUUUGAUUGAAAUGCUCAGAGUUUUAGAAUAUUUAGAGGAACAUUCAAGUAGUUUGAGCAAUUUAACUCCCAAACAAGUUGGUAAAAUGUCUGACCUGGAAUAUAUUUAGCUUUAAAACACAUGAAAAAUCAUCCUUUACUUUCAUAAAGUUUGUUGUGGAUUCUUUUUCUUUAUCAAAACCUAAAAUUAUAUGGAACACGGUCACUCUGUUUUCCUUAAUUACCCAAUUUUCAAAAAUAAUAGGUGGGUUAUAGUUCAAUAUGUAUGUGUCUGUACUAUUUCCUCUAAAUCCUAAUUGCUAAUACUCAUGCUAAUCAUAAUGCUAAUGCCAAUUUCUCAUCAUCCUAAAAUUAAAAAUAAAGAAAAAUAAUUUUAGAACAAUGAAUAUCUCUUGUAUUGGAUGAUCCUUUUAUGUCUGAAUUCGCAAGAGCUCAUGUUAUUUCAUCUCUGAAAUAACAUGUCUGAAACAUGAAUAAAUUGACACCGAGUAUAUCCUCAUGAUGCAGACAAUGACUUGUGGCCCAAAUGUAGAUGACGCAUCCUUGUGGGUAAAUGGCAGACAUAGACUACUCAUGGGCUGUACCAAAGAAGUUUUGAAGAUGGUGUUGAUUCUGACCAUCCUAAGGUGUGUUUAAUAAUAAUACAAAUUUAAAUAUAUCUAAGGCAGUACACAUAAACACACAUGCAUACGCAUACAUAUGAGGCCAUCAUAUGUUUAGCUGCUGUACAGCAUGGCAUGCAUCCUUAGGCGUUGUUAUGUAUAUCGUUGUGGUACAAUGGCAUCUGCUGACAUCAUCUUGUCCAAUGUAUUUAAAGAAUUAUUGAUUACUAAUGGUCAACUUUAUUUAAAAACAUUCUGGAAUAGAUAAAUUUCUAGAUACCAAUUCCAAAGUAUCAAUAAUAUUAUUUUAAAAUUUAUUAUUCCAACUUUUAGAAGUUUGCUGACUGAUAGUUAUCUUAUAUGCUGCUAUUUUAAUUCCCUGGAAAGUCAUCGUUUUAUUUGAAAGCCUCUAGGUUGGACCAGCACCACUAACUAUAGACUGAUGGAAGGGAGCAACACGUCCUCUACUGACUUCACCUUCACGGGCCUGUUCAACACAAAGGAAACCUCAGGCCUUCUUUGUGCUGUCGUCACUGUCAUCUUCUUCACUGCACUGAUGGCCAACGGAGUCAUGAUCUUCCUGAUCCAAACUGAUCGGCACCUCCACACCCCCAUGUACUUCCUCCUCAGCCACCUCUCCUUCAUCGACAUGACGUACAUCUCCACCAUCGUGCCCAAGAUGCUGGUCAAUCACCUGCUGGGUCAAAGGACCAUUUCCUUUGUGGGGUGCACAGCUCAACACUUCCUCUACCUUACCCUUGUGGGAGCUGAGUUCUUCCUUCUGGGCCUCAUGGCCUAUGACCGCUACGUGGCCAUCUGCAACCCUCUGAGAUACCCUGUCCUCAUGAGCCGCCGGGUCUGUUGGAUGAUCAUAGCAGGUUCCUGGUUUGGUGGCUCUUUGGAUGGCUUCCUCCUAACUCCCAUCACCAUGAGCUUUCCUUUCUGCAAUUCCCGGGAGAUUAACCACUUCUUUUGUGAGGCACCGGCGGUCCUGAAAUUGGUAUGUGCAGACACAACCUUGUAUGAGACAGUGAUGUAUGUGUGCUGUGUGCUGAUGCUGCUGAUUCCUUUCUCCGUGGUGAUUGCUUCCUAUGCCCGAAUCCUGACCACUGUCCACCACAUGAGCUCUAUGGAGGGCAGGAGGAAGGCAUUUGCCACCUGUUCCUCUCACAUGACUGUGGUGACCUUGUUCUAUGGGGCUGCCAUGUACACCUACAUGUUGCCACACUCUUACCACACACCUGCCCAGGACAAAGUCCUGUCCGUGUUCUACACCAUCCUCACACCCCUGCUGAACCCCCUCAUCUACAGCCUGAGGAACAGAGACGUGACUGGAGCUCUGAAGAGGGUGCUGGGGAGAUUCAGGGGUUCUCAGAGAGUGUCAGGACAUGUCUCUUAACAGUCAGCUCCUUCCCAGGCAGAUAAACAGGAGGGUCCAUGGCCACGGUGGCUGUGCUCUCAGUGAAGGAGUGAACAGGAGGGAUGGCGCGGUGUCACGGCUGUAUACUGGUUUUCAUUCACGGUUCCCAUAGAUUGUGUUGCAAUGUUGGGGGCUCAGAAGCAGGCCUCAGAAAACAGUCUCUGACUUUCUCCUGUCUUUGUUCACCGGCUCCUCUUUCUCCCCAAAGCAGGCCUCAGAAACUAAAGUAUUCGCUAACCUUCCCCAACUUGUGGCCAUAAAGAAAUUCUUUGAUCUACCUUGUCUGAGUGUAGGUCAUGAGUCCCCAUUUCAGAGGGGACCUGCCUCCUAGCCUGGAGGAGGAAGCCCUGCACCGAGAGGCCAAGGGCGACCUGAGCAGGCAGGCUCGCCUGGCUCCCCGCUCGGCGCUGGUAGCGGACCACGCCCUACUCGCAGGCGCAGCCGCCUGUGCUUCGAUCGUGCUGUCCCACAGAGUCUCCAUGAAAGGCCCAAGAGCGUGGGGUAUGGAGAGCUUCUGGACAAUUAAACUCGAAAAGGUUUGCAGGGCAAACAAGAACUCAUUUCCGUGCCCAGGAAGGUGGCACACUCGAAUGGGAACAGAAGCUCCUGCACUUGAGCCCCUUCCAGACCUUGCUCCAUGUAUCUUUCCAUCUGAUUGUUUAUUUAUAUCCCUUGUAAUAGUCCCUUAUAAUAAACUGGUAAACUUGAGUCAGUGUUUCCCUGAGUUCUGUGAGCCACUCUAACAAAUUAAUCAAACCCAAGGAGGAGCUGUAGGAUUCUUGACUUGUAGGCCAUCAGAAGCACAUUUAAAACCACCCAGGGCUUGCAACUGACAGUGGAGAUGGAGGCCGGGCCCUCACCCGGUGGGACCUGGCACUAUGUCCCUGUAGUUGGUACCAGGAUGGAGCUGAAGUGGUGACACCAAAUGGUGUGCGUGGAAAUGCCCGCAUGCGCUUGGUCACAGCAAUCUUCCGUGGCUGUUGUGUGGUGCGAGGGCAGAGGACAGACAAUGUGACUGUGUUUUCCCCACACUCAAAAACAGUGAAUGUUCAAGAAGUCCUCUCAAUUGCCCUUCUGUCUUCCCUUCUUUCCUUUAUUAUAUCUUCCUUUUCUCUGCCUUGCUCACAUGUAUUCAAAUACCUGAUGGCUUCCAGAAACACAAAUUAGAGAGUUUUUCCCGGGAAUUUUACCUUUAGGAGGUUAUAUAAAUUUCACAUGAAAUUUUAAAUGGCAUGAGCUAUGUCAAGGAGUAUAGGGAGGACAGUGGUACUUUUAGGAUUUGUGACACUACUGUGUAAGUCUAGCUCUCCAUCCAAGGAUAAAAACAAUGCCACAGUUUCUAUUCCGGGCCUAGCAUUCUAGGAAGACCGUUGGCACAGCUGCCUGUGUGCUCCCGUGCAAUGCCUCAGGAAGAGUCACUGAAUGGACUUUUCUUAAGUAGCCAUUGUACUCACUACAAUCAUUAGGUGCUUGUUAUUUUCAGCAAAAAUACAUAUUUUAGCUUUUGUUUGUUUGCAACACAUUAGUGAAAACUAUUUGUCAUAUAACUUAAGGCUGACGGAGGAAAGGCUAGGACAGGCAUGUCCCAGAGAAGACAACAUGCGAACACUGGCAUCGGAGGGGAUUUCCAGAACACUGGAGAAACAGGGCUGUGGGUAGAAAAUAGUAAACAUUUUUCAAAUAUGCCACAGCUUCAUCAAGGCGAGGCAGUUAUCAGCCUGCUACUAGGGGUCAGGUCAGAGUUCGUAUCCGUGCUUUCUAUGGAUGCGGGAAUCGAGGGAAAAAGCAUGUGGCAAAUCACAUUGCACGUAUGAAAAGUGCACUCACGGAUCAAAGGGGUCACUUCAUAAAAUUUUCAGUUCACCAUGUGGAAUUGCCAUCACAGGAACGGUCACAGUCAUAUUCAUAUUGGCCAAUCUGUCUAAAACUUAGCGAUAGACAUGCUGUGGGAGCCUUGCCGGCCUUUGAUGACCUCACGACAAAUGAAGCAGCACUUAUGUUAUGAGUUCCAAGACGCAGGUGAGAACAGCGGGCCUCAGGGAAGCAGAAAACCUCUGUAGGGUAGGUAACACUUUCAAUUAGUGGACUGGAUGGCAGGGUUUCAAGGAAUCUGACUGAUAGGACACUAUGUCCUUCAGAAGCAGCUUCAUUCAUGCAUUUGUUCAUUCACUCAUUCUUUUGUCAUAGCUGUGAGAAAAAAUAAAAAGCACCUACACUCAAGAAAUUUACUUUCCAGUUAGGGAAGGACAAUUAAGAUAAAUGUACACACACACACACACACACACAUACAUACACACCCAUACAUGCACACAUACAUACACACACACAGCGAACAUACAAGCGAGCGAACAACAGCGAAUGUACAUCCCCACCAUGCUGCACACGGCAGCCGUGACUAGAGCCUCACCAUCACGCCCUGACUAGAGCCCCAUCACGCCCUGACUAGAGCCCCAUCACGCCCUGACUAGA